UCGCGCUGCGGGGAGCCGCGCUACCGCCGGUAGGAAAUUCGGUCAUUGACAACUGAUGUUAUUCUGUGGUCUCUGUUUGUCCUGAGUAUCCAGAGAAACCAUGCCAUUUUUGGGCCAAGACUGGAGGUCUCCUGGAUGGAGGUGGGUUAAAACAGAAGAUGGAUGGAAACGAUUUGAACCUUUUGGAUCUGCGCUUCAGGGUGGAAACAGUCAGCUUAAUGACAUCAGUCACACUGUUAUCUUAACUGGCGGUGAUGAUGAUGAAAUGUAUGCUUCUGAGGACUGUGAAUUUGCAGCCAAGAAAAGGAAAAAAGAUCACUGUAGAAACACCACGGAUUCACAAUGUUUUUAUCGUGAAAAUUGGAUUUACGUUCAUAAGGAAAGCACCAGAGAAAGACAUGGCUACUGCACUUUGGGAGAAGCUUUUAAUCGCCUGGAUUUUUCAAGUGCAAUUCAGGACAUCAGAAGGUUCAAUUACGUGGUCAAACUUUUGCAGCUAAUUGCGAAAUCCCAGUUGACAUCACUGAGUGGUGCAGCACAGAAGAACUACUUCAACAUUUUAGACAAAAUUGUGCGGAAAGUCAUGGAAGACCAUCAUAACCCACGAUUAAUCAAAGAUCUUCUACAAGAUUUGAGUUCCACUCUCUGUAUACUGAUCAGGGGAGUAGGAAAAUCUGUUCUGGUAGGGAACAUUAAUAUUUGGAUGUGCCGAUUAGAAACCAUCCGCUUGUGGCAACAGCAACUAAAAAACCUUCAGAUGAACAAGCAAGUCAACAAUGGUCUUACGCUCAGUGAUCUUCCUCUGCAUAUGCUGAGUAACAUCUUACACAGAUUUUCUGAUGGCUGGGACAUUAUUACAUUGGGUCAGGUGACCCCAACUUUGUACAUGCUCAGUGAAGACAGACAGUUGUGGAAAAAACUCUGCCAGUACCAUUUUGCAGAAAAGCAGUUUUGUAGGCAUUUGAUUCUGUCAGAGAAGGGUCACAUUGACUGGAAGCUGAUGUACUUUGCACUUCAGAAAUACUACCCAAAAAAGGAGCAGUAUGGAGACACCUUGCAUUUCUGUCGGCACUGUAGUAUUCUGUUUUGGAAGGACUACCAUCUUGCUUUGUUACUCAAGGAUUCGGGACACCCCUGCACAGCCAGUGACCCGAACACCUGCCUCACUCCAGUAUCUCCUCAGCAUUUCAUUGAUCUCUUCCAAUUUUGAGCUGCUCAGUAGCUGUUUUCCUGUGUUGCGGUCACUUUUUUUGUGAGGAGUCGGGCAGGACGUGUUAUGCUAUUUAUGCAGUGUAUUUGUUUUGUUGUGGCUCUAAAUGAGAUGGGGAGCUUAUCAGGCAGGUGUACUUGAAGUGGUGUUUUUCAGCAGAGAAGAGCUGAGGAGAGGACAUUAAGAACUCUUUGAAAAAUCUGUUGAUAAUUUUAAUCUCAAUUUUAAAUCCAUUUUGAUGCCUUAAUAACUGGUUAAAAUUAUGUGAGGGAAUUAUGAAGAUUUCAUGAAGUUAAACUAUCCUUCUACUAUACUUUCAGGACCAAAUGACUUUUGUUGUUGCUGAUUGUUCUUCCUUCAGGCCACUGUUUCCAAAACAUUUCCACGUAACUUGCACUGUUAUAAAAAGCAGGCUAAUAAUUCCCUUGGAGUCAAACCAGUUACCAACAAGGCAUUAAUCAUUGUGAGCUAGUGAAUAAAGUGUAGCCGUGGGUGGACAUACAAAUAGAGGAAAUUGACCAAUUUUUAUAUAUGUUAUGCAAAAAUAUUUAUUUUCCUAAGAGGACUUUAUUAAAUCUGUAACCUAUCUCAGCAUAUUCCAUAACUGAAAACAGAGAUGGGGCUACUGGAAGUGACUUCUGUACUUGUUGCUACAGCUUUCCUUUAUACUGCUCAGUAUGUCUACAAAUGCAACUGCAUCAAUUCAUCUUCUAAGAAGAAGACAGCAUUACUGGAAUUUAAUGACAGUGGAGUUGCCUGCUUCUAGACUACAGCAGGACACAGUGGGACAAACUGAGGCUCUAACCUGACUUUGCAAGCUGUGGAAAUCUUGGAAGCUGGUCUGAGCAGGAGCACCUUCUGCUAGGUUAAUCAGGAAAUAAAUUCCCUGGGAAGCAUCUUAUUCUAAUCUGUAGUGCAAAAGGAAUUGCCAAGCUUAAAGAGGUACAGGAAAAAAAUUGCAGGAAUUUUGGUUUUCUUGAUGAAAUUUAAUCAAUAAAAGGUAAUGUACAGAAAAAUAAAACUUACUCUAUUCUGCAGUUCCUUGUUCUGAAUCUAGUUUUGCACAGUGUAAUAAAUCAUGUUUUUUAUUACUCCUUCAAAUCUGUCUUGCAUAGAAAUGAACCCAUUUGAAUUUUAUAAUAAGACUUUUCUAUAGCCUGCUCUUGGUAGUAAUUGGUAAUGGAAUGAGAAAAAUGCAAGUAGUUCAAGUACUGUUGCUUUCCAGUAAAGACCGUAUCAGCAUUUGUUUGUCUAAUGGGACAGAUUGUUAUUAGGCUGUGCAAGAAGAAGAGAGUAUUUAUUUCCUUGGAAGAUAGUUUUAUUCACUAAAAUUUCAGUCAUAUACUACCCUUAUCUACUGAGUUUGCUGAUCAUAAGAUUUUCAACAGAGGGAUUUGUAGUUAAUUUUCUUCCUAUUAAGCUGUUUGCUGUGGUUAUUGUAACUUUAAAUUGUGGAGCUGUGCCAUUCAUUCAUAACAAUGCUUAGCCUUGCAGCUGUUCAACCUGCCAAGGAAGCUGCAGCUCCUCUUUGUUCUUACAAAUUGCUUUCCUGCUUAAGGGAGUAUGUGUACCCUUGCAGUGGUUGGUGACUGCUAUUCAUCAAUCACUUCUUAAAGAUGGUUAAGGUUUUACUACUCUUUGUGGACUUUCCUGUAAGAAUCUAUAUAACCACUCCCUGCUCACAAGAAAGGUCCUAAUUAGUGCUGAGCUUUCCAUCUAGCGUGCUUGUUGAUGAUCUCUAAUUGAAGACCACCACCACCAGCAUGUUACCUCUAGGGAAGCUGAAGAUGCUGGGAGGGUCACCAUGCUCCUGCAACUUAGCCUGAUGUAGCCUGGGUCACGUUAGCCUCCUUGGAAGCAAAAGCAUGCUGCUGUCCAUGAGGUGCCUCAGCUCCAAAAGCCCGUAAAAUGGCUUUUUGAACUUUUUUUUUUUUUUAAUGUAUUUGCUAACCUCAGAAACUGGAGCUGUGCAGACAUCUCAGAAGCAUUUAAGGGCAAGGCUAUUACUCUUAUUUUCUAAUCUUAUACAAAGAAGAUAUUGAGGGCAGAGUCACACUGUCAGCUGCAUUAAAAGCUUUUAACACAGCAAAACUGAGCUUUGGAAGUAGAUCUACAAUCUAUUUAAAUAUUUAGUGAGCUAUUUCUUAGGCACAAAAGCUUUGUUUAUCACAACUCUUGGAGUUUCACACAAUUGGUAAUAGAUCAUUCAGAAUCCUGUAUGUGGAAGUUCUGUAACCCACAUGUAACAAACCAAGUUCUGCACAGCUUCUUAAACAGGUAGGGAAACUCAGUGCCUAAGAAGGCACUCCAGAAGGCUAGGGAGCAAACAGGAUGCAAAGUCCAGCACCAAGAUGAACUGAAAACUGUCUCAGGUGCUCCAAUUUUGUUCAGAGAGAGACUUCUCUCCUGCAAGGCCAAGCAUAUAAACCUGGGAGCUUGCCUCCUGCGUGCUUACAGGAAAAAGUUGAAGAGGUGAGCUCGUUUCUCUCUUAAGUACAUGAGAGUUCCUAUUUUACCCUCACUCUUCAUGGCUAAAACAUUAUUUUUCCAGAUGCCUUGGUGCGGAAGCUGCAUUUGAGGUGUGCCAGCAGAGCAAAUCAAUGCCAUGUUCCACAUCGCCCUGUUCAGCACCAGGCAGGGUGGGCUCUUCAGGGAUCACUCCGCACAUGGAGUGAGGUGCCCCACUCACCCUCCCUGGCCUUGUCCCAUGGCAGCA